CUUAUCACGGAGAUUGAACAUGAUGUGGAUAUUGGCGGUUCAAUAAGUUUGUAUAAAGAGGUGAUUCCAGUGAUCAUUCCUGUCCAGUCGCGAGAUCGUCAGACGGAACUCACGCUUCAUUCAAUAUGUUCAUCUCCAAUUCCCUUGUCCUCGCAUUCGCGAGCACGCAAGUCCUUGCCUCCAGACUCUUUGUUGCAUCGUAUGCCGGGACUGUUAGUACAUUGUCUCUAACGGAAGAUGCAAAUGGUGCAUAUUCAUUAGGUCUCAUUGCGACAUCCACAGCUUGCGCGGCUAAUUCAUCGUGGAUUGCUAAGGACUCUGAACGUGAUGUUUUGUUCUGUGCGGAUAGAGGUCUGACUUCGGACCAUGGAACCCUAAAUUCUCUGGAGAUUCAAGAUGAUGGUUCGUUGAAGGCUUUGGAUAGGAUUCAGACGCCAGUAGGAGCGGCCGCAACGGUGUUGUAUGCGAAUAAUACCGGGUUGGCGGUCGCUUUCUAGUAAGAUUCCUCGACAAUAUUAGCUACAUUUUUAGGAAGUCGCUCUAAUAGAAUGAACAAAUAGCUCUUCGAGUAGCGUGGGCAGUUACGACGUCACUUCAGACACCAACAUGCUCCCCCUCCAAACCUUCACCUACAACCUCACCACCCCUGGUGCAGACCCAGAGUACGAAACAGCACCACAUCCCCAUGAAGCCAUUACCGACCCCACCGGACGCUUUGUCCUCGUUCCAGAUCUAGGUGCCGAUCUCGUGAGACUCUAUUAUAUAAACCCAAAAACCAAGUUGUUGAAACCACUUAACCCGUUGAAAACACCUACGGGUAGUGGACCCAGACAUGGAAACUGGCUGGUUACAAAAUCCGCAACCUACUUUUAUCUGGUUAGCCAAUUGACCAAUAAACUUACCGCCUAUAAGGUUACGUAUAACAGCAAUAAUACUUUGAGCUUUGCCGUAAAGUUCACUCGAACUUUGUUGGAGACGACUACCCCAGGCCAAGAAUUGCAGUUCUACAGUGCCGCGUCCGGGAUCCAGAUUACGGUAUGUAUAGAUUACUUUUUUCCCCUCUUCUAUGCACAGAAAUCAUCCCACAAAUUGCAAGAAGCCGAAAUACUAACACCACCUAGCCCGACAACAACUUCCUCAUCAUCUCCCAACGCAACGACACCCACUUCAGCAUUCCUAACCCUUCGUCCUCCUCCUCCACACCAAGUAUCAUCCCCUCCGAUUCCCUCCUCACCUAUUCCCUCAACCACACAAAUGGUAACUUCUCGCUCAUCUCGAUUGAUGCUGCUGGAGGCAGCUUCCCUAGACAAUUUAGCAUCAACAAAGCUGGAGAUUUGGUGGCAGUAGGUUUGCAGAAUGAUGGGAGAUUGGUCAUUAUUAGGAGAGAUGUCCAGACCGGGUUGGGGAUGGAAAUCGUGGCGGCGAUAAACAUAGCCGGACAGGUUGUUUGUGCUGUUUGGGAUGAGUAAGUCAAGGGAUAAUUCGGAUGUGGAGUGGGAGGAAGAGCUUGUCUGUGUAGAUAGAUUGUGUUGUAGGAAUAGAGUCCUCAAAUGUCGUGUUUGUCACACUAGGAUUGGUUUCUUGUAUCAUAGAUGGAGUGUGAA